GCCCACGUUAACAUUUCACAAAAACACAAAACAAACACCUCUAACAUUUUCUAUUCUUCACUUUCAACUUUCAACUUUCAACUUUCAACAACUAAUGGACCACUUCCACCGCGCCAAGACCGUGCGUCUCCGGAGCAACCACGACAAGUUCUUAACGGCGGAGGAAGAUGAGGAGUCAGUGACUCAAGAUCGGAAUGGAGCUGCCAAAUCUGCCCGAUGGACCGUCGAGUUCUUGGAGAGUGCCAAUAAUGUGAUUAGGCUUAAGAGCUGCUAUGGAAAGUAUUUGACUGCAUCAAACCAGCCCUUUCUGCUGGGGAUGACAGGCCAGAAAGUUGUUCAGUCUCUGCCCCGUCGCCUUGAUUCUUCUGUGGAGUGGGAGCCUGUUAGAGAUGGACAACAGGUGAAGCUCAAGACGCGAUACGGCCAGUUCUUGAGGGCGAAUGGAGGCUUGCCGCCUUGGAGAAACUCGGUUACUCAUGAUAUCCCACAUCGGACCAGCUCUCAAGAUUGGAUCCUUUGGGAUGUCCAUGUUGUUGAUAUUCAGGUGAUUCAAUCUCCGGUUGCCAACCCACCUCCUCCUCAAUCCUAUCCUGAAUCAAGCCCAUCUUCACCUGUUUCAUAUAAAUCUUCCAGCUUUUCCAGACAAGAGUCUGGUGAUUCUUUGGAUGUUUUUCCAACGAAAACCAGUGAAGGGAGGCUGAUCUAUUAUCAUAUUACUGAUGACUAUGGGGAAAUUGAUGAAGCAGUAGAGGAGCUCUGCAUAUCGUUCAAAGGGAAUGGUGUUGAGGAAUUGAAGAAGAUAUUGGAGGAAGAGACAGGGCUCGGGGAUAUUAUUGUGUGUACAAGAAGUGUGUUGAAUGGGAAGCUAUAUCCUCUUCGACUGCAGCUUCCCCCAAACAAUGCAGAUAUGCAUGUUUGCUUAGUUCCAUCAUCAUCUAAGGUGGGAAGAGACUUCACAGAAGCAAGAAUCCCAUUGUAAAGAAACUUCAGCAGCCUAGAUGUGGAUACACAAGAAGAAUGCAUGUUUUUUUGGUUCUGUUACUGUGGCUCAGAGUUAUUCAGAGUAUAAUGGAAGAUCAAUCAGAAUCAGUGAUUUUAUCUUCUUGGACUUGUAUCUCCCUCCCCUGGUAGGGAAACUGAGAAAGAGAAGGCAAGAAAAAGGGGUGAAAGAAAGAAAAACUCCAUGGAUGGAGGGUAUAGGGGAUUUUGGUUCUUCGAAGAGAUUUUGUAAUGAAAGUUUGAUGUGCAAUACUGCAAUCAUCUCCUUAGAGAUUAAAUUUUUUGCUAAAUUGUAUUACUUGGCAGUAAUCUUGAAGUUAAUAUAUCUUAAACACAUCUUUCAGACUAAAA